GCCUCCUGUCAUGUACUGAAUUUCCAGCAUACCAGGGAGAUGUCUGCGGAGUUUCUUGGAUGAUGUGCCGUCCACAAAACCUCCCGCUGGUUUGCACAGGAGCGAUUAGCGAGGUGUGCAGGGCUAGGAAGCCGGCGCUUCACCACCGGCUUUUGAUUCCCGCUGGCUGGCUUGUUAAUUCCGUAUUGGUUUUGCUUCCUCCAGGAUAUUGAUGCUGAAAGACUGGCACGGACGUCCUCAGUUGGCAAUGCUGCCUUGACUCCCUCCAACAUACAGACAUUAUUGGGUGGUUGGUUAUCUUGUGCCCAAGGGGCAUCAAUACAUGAGCUUACUGGUAUUUAAGCAACCUCCAAUAAAUACCUUUGGCUUACAUUUCUGACCCAGACCAAAGGGAUUUCAAGAUGCUUAUAAAGGAGUAUCGGAUUCCUCUACCGAUGAGUGUGGAUGAGUAUAGGAUUGCCCAGCUGUACAUGAUACAGAAAAAAAGCCGAGAAGAGACAUGUGGUGAAGGCAGCGGCGUAGAGAUCUUGGAAAACAGACCAUACACAGAUGGUCCCGGUGGCAACGGGCAGUAUACCCAUAAAGUAUACCAUAUUGGUAUGCAUAUUCCCAGUUGGUUUCGGUCUAUACUGCCAAAGGCAGCAUUAAGAGUUGAAGAGGAGUCAUGGAAUGCGUAUCCUUAUACAAGGACAAGGUACACGUGCCCGUUUGUGGAGAAAUUCUCUAUUGAUAUUGAAACCUAUUAUAUCGCUGACUCAGGAGAGCAAGCCAAUGUCUUCAACCUUUCUCCUGCAGAGAAAAGGCAGACACUUCUUGACCCUAUUGAUAUUGUUAAAGAUCUCAUCCCUCCCCAUGAAUACAAGUCCGAAGAGGACCCCAGGCUGUACAGGUCAGUCAAGACCACCAGAGGGCCUCUCUCGGAAGACUGGAUCAAAGAGCACAAGAACAACCCCGGGAGAUACCCCAUCAUGUGUGCCUACAAGCUGUGCAAGGUGGAAUUCCGAUACUGGGGGAUGCAGUCGAAAAUCGAGCGCUUCAUCCACGAUGUGGGGUUGCGGAAGGUGAUGGUGAGAGCCCACCGGCAGGCCUGGUGCUGGCAGGAUGAGUGGUACGGGCUCACCAUCGAGGACAUCCGGCAGCUGGAGAAGGAGGCCCAGCUGAUGCUGGCGCAGAAGAUGGCCCAGUUCAGCUUUAACGAGAACGAGCCAGAGCAGCACCUUCCCAAAGAUCCCCUGGGAGAGAACGACCUGGAACCAAAGGCCAUAUCGCCAUCCACUGGGGCAGUGGAUGCUGCUAGCAAUAUCGGAGAAGCCCUGUCAGGGCGAGUGCUGACCAAGCAAUGGUCAACUUCUUCCAAGUCCUCUUCGAAAAGAGGAGCAAGCCCCUCUCGCCAUAGCAUUUCGGAGUGGAGAAUGCAGAGCAUCGCAAGGGAUUCGGACGAGAGCUCGGACGAUGAGUUCUUCGAUGCACACGAGGGCCUGUCUGAGAACGAAGAGGUGUUCCCGAAAGAAAUCAGCAAAUGGAGUUCAAAUGAUCUCAUGGAUAAGAUUGAAACCCCUGAAUCUGAAGAAGCACCAGAUGGUCCAUGUCUUGGAUCAGCAGCGGAGUACAACGUUGGAUCCAGCGUGGAAAGACUAAGUAUAAUUGAGGAUGAGACCGUAACUCCAGUAGCACCGCCAAGCAAAAUCCAUGUCCUGCUUUUGGUUCUCCAUGGAGGGAACAUCCUGGAUACGGGAAGCGGCGAUCAGAGCUCCAAGCAGGGGGACGUCAACACCUUUGCCACUGCAUUUGACGCCGUCAUCAGGGUCCAUUACCCAGCGGCCCUUGGGCGUAUCGCCAUCAAGUUAGUUCCUUGUCCAGCCAUCUGCUCAGAAGCAUUUUCUCUUGUUUCCAAUCUCAGCCCGUACAGUUAUGACGAAGGCUGCCUUUCCAACAGCCAGGAUCACACGCCACUCGCAGCGCUUCCUCUGUUGGCCACGUCAUCCCCGCAGUACCAAGAGGCCGUCUCCACGGUGAUCCUGAGAGCCAACCAGGUGUACAAUGAGUUCAUCAAAUCCCAGGAAGGUGCAUCAUUCAGUGGCCAGGUGUGUUUGGUAGGGGACUGUGUAGGAGGGAUCUUGGGCUUUGAUGCUCUGUGCUGCAGCAAUCAGACGAUGUCAGAGAGUCAAAACAGUAGCCGGCGUGGGAGUGUCAUAAGCGUGCAGGACACUGACCUCUUGUCUCCUGGAAUCGUUGUGAACAACAGCUGCUGCUCGGCGGGCUCCAACCUGGAGGCCAGCCGACACCUCAGCCGGAGCAACAUCGACAUCCCGCGCAGCGACGGAGAGGACCCCAAGAAGCCGCUGCCGCGGAAGCGGAGCGACUCCUCUACCUACGAGCUGGACAACCUCAGGCAGCACCACGCCUUCCUCUCCAGUUUACAUUCCAGUGCCCUGAAAAACUACCCAGGAUCACGGAGGUCGAGUAGCUCCACUGCACUGGAUGGCGGGCAUCUUGGGAAAUUCGAAUUCGAGAUCACGGACUUCUUCCUGUUUGGAUCUCCUUUGGGGCUGGUCCUCGCAUUACGGAAAACCGUCAUCCCAUCCCUUGACAUCUUCCAGCUGAGACCAGCCUGCCAGCAAGUCUACAACCUGUUCCAUCCUGCAGACCCUUCUGCCUCACGCUUGGAACCUCUCUUGGAAAAGAAGUUCUACAUUUUGCCUCCCUUUAAUGUCCCACGCUAUCAGAGGUUCCCGCUUGGGGAUGGCAAUUCGGCCCUUCUGGUUGAAACAGUCCAGAGCAACCCCGUGCUCCUCGUAGAAAGCAGCCCCCUGGUUGCUCUCCAGAACCAGGAGACCUUCAUGGAAACCAGUAUCCCUGUUCCCAUCCUGAAUUGGCAAGAUGUUUCCAGUAAAAAUCCUGGAUUUGUUGAGUCAGAUGUUGUUCAGUCUCAUGGUGGCGUCUUCGUGGAAAGCGUGUCUCCUUCUGCUCCCAUUUCAGCCCCCCAGUUCAGGGGCUUCCGGCGGGCCAGUGAAGUCAGCAUUGCUAGCCAGGUCUCAGGAAUGGCAGACAGUUACACAGCUUCCAACAUAGCCAACAAAAACAAAAACCAUCUCUGCCAGUCCAGGGGGUUUAGCCUGCUAGCUCUGCUUGCCCUCCCGCACAAGUCCCCCACCCAACCCUCGCCCAAAAGGCAUAGGGCAUCCAAACCCGAAAAGUCCCAGAAACCUUUAGGAAGAAGGCUUGGGAGAUCCUCCCUUUGGGAAGUGGAUUCCAUUCUACAGAUUCCAGACCUCGACAUCACUAAAGUUGCUUCCAAAUGGUGGGGAACCAAAAGGAUAGACUACGCACUCUACUGCCCAGACGCCCUGACUGCCUUCCCCACAGUAGCUCUGCCUCAUCUCUUCCACGCAAGCUAUUGGGAAUCGACAGACGUGGUUUCUCUCUUGCUCAGACAGGUGAUGAGACAUGAGAAUUCCAGUAUUCUAGAGCUGGAUGGGAAAGAGGUCUCGGUCUUCACACCUUCCAAGCCGAGGGAGAAGUGGCUUCGCAAGAGGACCCAUGUUAAGCUAAGGAAUGUCACAGCCAAUCACCGAGUAAAUGAUGCCAUUGCCAAUGAAGAUGGUCCACAGGUGUUAACGGGGAGGUUUAUGUACGGCCCACUAGACAUGGUCACACUCACAGGGGAAAAGGUGGACAUUCACAUAAUGACGCAGCCCCCAUCAGGAGAAUGGGUUUACUUCGACACGGAGGUCACCAACAGCAGCGGCAGGAUUUCCUAUGCGGUCCCUGAGAACAGGAGGCUGGGGAUUGGAGUGUAUCCUGUGAAGAUGGUGGUCAGGGGUGACCAUACAUACGCUGACAGCUACAUCACGGUUCUGCCCAGAGGGACGGAAUUUGUGGUGUUCAGCAUCGACGGCUCCUUCGCGGCCAGCGUGUCGAUCAUGGGCAGCGACCCCAAAGUUAGAGCUGGAGCGGUCGACGUAGUACGGCACUGGCAAGACCUUGGCUACCUCAUUAUCUAUGUCACAGGCCGCCCCGAUAUGCAGAAGCAGCGGGUGGUGGCGUGGCUGGCACAGCACAACUUCCCCCACGGGAUUGUCUCUUUCUGCGACGGGCUGGUUCAUGACCCGCUGCGGCACAAGGCCAACUUCCUGAAGUCCCUCAUCACGGACCUCGACAUGAGGAUCCACGCAGCCUACGGAUCGACUAAGGAUAUCUCAGUGUACACCUCCAUCAGCUUGCCCCCCGCACAGAUCUACAUCGUCGGGAGGCCAACCAAGAAGUUACAGAAUCAUUGCCAGUUCAUCACAGAGGGGUAUGCAGCCCACCUUGCCCAGCUGGAAUACGCUCACCGCUCCCGGCCGGCCAAGAACACCACCCGGAUGGCCCUUCGGAAGGGCAGCUUUGGGCUCCCGGGCCAGGCGGAAUUCCUGCGCAAGAGGAACCACCUGCUGCGCACCAUCUCGUCCCAGCCCGCGGGAGCCGGCGGGAGCACCAGCCACAGGCCGGAGCGAACGCAGAGCCAGUCGGAGAGCGACCGGGAGAGGGACAGGGAGCGCAGCGAGCGCAGCAUGAGCCUCGCCACGGGGUGCUGGGGGCGCAGCGCGGCCUCCAGACUCGAACCGGGGGCCCUGGGGCAGAAGUAGAGCCGGCCAGGUUGCUACGGCAGGCAGCUGCAGAUGCCAGUGGCGGAAGCAGGAGGAGGGAGGCACCAAGGAGGCCUGCUGCGUGGGACGAGGGGCAAACAUGGUGCUACUCAUUGCCAGCGACGCGGCAGUCUUUUUGCCGGGGGCAACUGAGGGAUUCUCUUUCCACACGAGUCACGCAGGCCUCGAGAACAAGGGUGCUAGGUUUGCGGAGCACUACCGGACGGGAAGAACAAAGGGGCGCCGGAGAGGCGAGGGAGAGGAUCAACGGCCUCCGGGUGCAGCUCCUUCCUGCCCACCCCCUUUUCUUAUCCAGGUCUAGCGAUUGUACAUAUGUGCCUCCUCAGCUUCUUAGCCAUCAGUCAGAGAUGCAACUGGGGGGUGGCGUGGGGGGAGGCCCAGGUGCCCGUGGGGGCAGAAUCGGUUGAGUUCGAGGGGUGUUCGCUCGGGUCUGUUCCGUUACCUGGAUGGACAGAAGCUGCCGCAUGUCGCCACUUUAUAGGAAAAUUAAUUGCUCUGUUUGUGGAGUCUGGAAACUAUGGGAGGAAGUGGGACAGGCCCAGGGAGCUGGGAACGGAUCUGCAUUUGGGUACAGAGCAGCUGUGUCCACGGAUUCUUUGUGAUGGCCAUUCAAAGCCAUUGGUAAUAUAGGCAUGGAAUUAGUUGAGCAAUUCAUUUGGACUAGUUACCAUUUUCUUUUUUAAAACAAAUCAAAGCCGAUUUUUUAUGCAGGCUUUUGGAAGUGCGGGG